CUCAGCCCAGGCGGCCCUCGGCGUGGCUCCCCGGCCGGCGGGCUGGGGCUGCCUCCGUCCGUCCGUCCGUCCGUCCGUCCGUGUGGGGCGGCCGGGCCGGGCUGCGGGUUCGGGCGUCCCCACCGGACCUCCCGCUGAGCUUCCCGGGUUGGGAUGGGGAAGAGGUGGCUCCCGAGCCCAGUGGUCCCGUCGCUCCUCUGGAGAGGUCUCACAACUGCCCUGUCGCAGCCACAUUUGCGGUAGAAGAAGUGGGUCCCUGUGGGCUGCGACCUGGCGUUGGUUUCACUAAAAGACCGCCAUCGCUGUGAAAAGGUUCUUGAUCUUCCACCAUGGGUGAGCCACAGCAAGUGAGUGCCCUUCCACCACCUCCGAUGCAAUACAUCAAGGAGUAUACAGAUGAAAAUAUUCAGGAAGGACUAGCUCCCAAGCCUCCACCUCCAAUAAAAGACAGUUACAUGAUGUUUGGCAACCAGUUCCAGUGUGAUGAUCUUAUCAUCCGCCCUUUAGAAAGUCAGGGCAUCGAACGGCUUCAUCCUAUGCAGUUUGAUCACAAGAAAGAACUGAGAAAACUGAAUAUGUCUAUCCUUAUUAAUUUCUUAGACCUCUUAGAUAUAUUGAUAAGGAGCCCUGGGAGUAUAAAGCGAGAAGAGAAACUGGAAGAUCUUAAGCUGCUUUUUGUACAUGUUCAUCAUCUCAUAAAUGAAUACCGACCUCACCAAGCAAGAGAGACCCUCAGGGUCAUGAUGGAGGUGCAGAAACGUCAACGCCUUGAAACAGCUGAGAGGUUUCAAAAGCAUCUGGAAAGAGUCAUUGAGAUGAUUCAGAAUUGCUUGGCUUCUUUGCCUGAUGAUUUGCCCCAUUCAGAAGCAGGGGUAAAAGUAAAAACUGAACCAAUGGAUGCUGAUGAUAGCAACAAUUGUGCUGGACAGAAUGAACAAGAAAGAGAAAGUUCAGGUCAUCGGAAAGACCAGAUUAUAGAGAAAGAUGCUGCCUUGUGCGUUCUAAUUGAUGAAAUGAAUGAAAGACCAUAAAGGAUUUUUUGUUAUUUUUCUUUUUUCCUUUCCGUAAAUAGCAUUAUAUAUUAGUUAAUUUGCUCUUGGAGAGUCUUAAAAGAGAUGAAUAGGAGUUAUGUAAACAGCUUCACUCUCCAACUUCAUCGAUUAUGAGGUAUCACAGGCAGUAAUUUCAUUUUAUGGCAAACAUAAGCAAUGAGUGUGACUGCACUAAGAGUAAUCAACUUAAAAAGCAAAGUGCUGCUGUUGAAUGGAAUAUUCCUGUUUUUGGAGUUGCACUAAACAUUGAAGAUAAUCCUUAGUAAUAGCAAAUUUUCAUCCUUGGAACAUAGACUUGUUAUUUGCGUUAAGAAUGAUAAAUAAAUAAAAAAUAUCAAGUAGUAU